CACUUCCUCAUAGACUUUACCAUGACGACGACGAUGCCGAGCCAGGUUGCAUUGAUUCUCUCGGCCGAGUCGGCAGGUAGUAAUGGCCGUCAAAGCGGCCAGCUCGUUAUCUUCGAUUCUUUCAACAUCUGGUUACAAACCUUCUACCUUCAGGAUUGAACUGGAGUCGCGUUCGACUGAUGAUCGAAUGUUAAUUAAGAAAAGUGAUUAAUAACGAAAACAUUCUGCUCUCUAUUAUUUAUAUUCUAUUGUUAUUUAUAUCAUACUAUAUCGUACACAAUUCAGUAAACCAUGACAGAGCAUAAAGGAACGUCUUUCUUUCAUUCGUGCGUGAAGAUGCCAGUGGAUCCUUACAGCAGACAGCCAACUCCCUCAUAUGAACGUCCUCGACUGUCGUCGACGAGGAGUCGAAGGUCGGAGAAAGUAAAAAAGAUCAACUUCGCCGAAAACGAACCGAUCGCUGUUGCUGAGGACUCGGAAUCGUCGAGUCCGCGCGAUACCCUGGAGAAUUUUCUGGAGUUUAUGAAAAGCAUACCCGACUACGGACAGAUACAUCAUCUGUCAAACGAGCAGUUCAAGCAAAGGGUUGAGUAUCUGCGGAGGAAGCAACGGCUACUUCUGCAGAAUUUGAGGAAUUCACUGGACGAUUUGGCGGAAAAGCCGCCGUCACGAUUGUCGAUUACAAGAAAUGAGAACUCGAAGUCGAAGAAUAUCAAGUCGGACACCGAUGAUCUCAAGUUGAAUGGUAAGAAAUGCUAUCUUGAAGAGUCCAGGACCAGCAGCCCGAUACUUUUUCCGUCCGGCACUUUCGCCGGUCUUGCCGAGGAUCAAGAUCUGCUAACGUAUAGAUGCAGGGACAAAGACAAGGAGACGAAGACGUUGCGCAACAAAGAGAUCGCAGCUAAUAAGAGUUGGAGUACAUGGAGCGGAUCAAAGAGUGACGAUAGCGUAGAUAGUGAUGGCGAAGACAGCAUCGAGACAAAGAGUUUGCCGCCUAACAGCUCGAAAGAAUGGCACCCUACGUUACCCAAACCAUUUAGCUUCACAUUGAGGGAGGAAGCGGAAAAAUACAUGACGGAAAUUGAGGCGACCGAGCGUAUGAAUCAGGAUAAUGAGAAAAAAAGUCCUUCGAAGAAACGACGAGUCAGACCAAUUCCUAUUACGUCUAAGAUACCACUCUACGAUAAAUUGAUGGCCGAGAAAGAGGAAAGAAGUCGCAUCGUCCGCGAGGAAAGCGCCCUGAAUCUGCUGUCGCAGGUGCGACCUUUUAAGCUAGAGUGCGACCGCCGGGCGUGGCGUUCCUUAGCAAGGUCUAGUCCCGAGCUCCGCUCGAGCAAAAGCAGUUCUUCGCGCUUCAAGGCCAAACCUGUGCCAAGAAACUUGUUCGGCACCGAGGUUUACGAUCGCAUGCUCGAGGAUGAGUAUUACAGACAACUGAAAAAAAGGGUGAGGGCCGCCGAGCUGCUGAAAUCCUCUUCCUUGCCGCCGUCGAUGGCAAGACGCGAGCGUGUCAAAUCCGCGUGUUUGCAGGACGUAGCGUCCAACAAGGACGACAACGAGUCCGUCAUUCCAACGACGACAACGACGGCGUCUGACAGAACUAGAUCCGCGAUGACAUCCGCGAUGACAUCCGCGAUGAUGUCCUCGCGCGGAAACAACCUGGCCGCGAUCCUGAGAUGUCAGGCUUCCCGAGAAAAGCUGGAGCGCGAGAUACGGGAACGAAUGGAGGAGAAACGACGGGAGCAGAUACUGAAGUUCAGGGAGACGCUAAUCGGUCGGAAGCCCGCGUGGAGAGCCUUGAGAUCGGCCGCAAGGCACGAGCAUGACAGGGAUCUGGAUAUACGGACGUCUCUUCGUCGGGAUGAGGCGCGGGAGCAGGCCGAGCGUCAUCGUUUGCAGAUGGAGAUGAUGCUGGAUCGCGUGACGCAAAUACCGACUCUGUUCGAACGGCAUUCCCAGAGUUUCCAGUCACUUGCAACAGCACAUCAAGAAAAACCUUCUCCAACGAGCAUCAACGUCCGCAAGAAGAAGAAGAAGAAAAGAAAGCAACAGCAACCGCCGAAGAGAUCUAUGUCGAGCAGUCUAGAUUCGUAUAUAAGCCUUGUCAGCAAUUACAGACCGAAUUCAGGAUCGUUGACCAGCUCUUCCGGUACUUUAAUCUCCUCAAGCCAAUCGUCAUCGAAGUCGUCGCAUGGUUCCUCCGAUAAGUCAGCGGCCAAAUCGGAAGGCUCGACAUCGAAAAGGAAGGCCGAUCGCGGCCCGCUCAAAGUGUCGAUCAACGAAACAGCGGAACUGAUCGAGGAUCGUAAUGAAAAAUCGAUGAGCAGCGAGGAACACGAAGAUGCGUUAUAAAACGAUGGCAACGUUACUGCCAAAGAGUAAAUUAAAUUGAUAUCUUUAAUUCUUUUGAAAAUAUUCUGAAUUUCAAAUUUAUAUACAUUUGAUUGGUUAUAAUAUAUAUAGUUAAUAGAGCUUAUAUAUUAUAUGAUAAAAUUAUAUAGUUGAGCUAUGAAUUGAAAAUUUGCUUAAAAUUAGGCCAGGAAAAUAAUUUAUUUAUUCUUAAUGUGCUUAUCUAUAUUUUACAUUAAUAU